CAUUGAAAAACAACACGAGAUUUUUAAUCAUUUAUUUUUCUUAUCUCAAUAGAUGUAUAUUGAUUGAUUAAUAAAGACUGUGCUAACUCUACUCUGUGUACAAUACUGAAUUGUGAUUAGUGACAGAGUGAUUCACUUGUUAAUUUUAAUUAAAAUGAAGCUUCAGGGACUAUUAACAUUACUCCUGACAAUUGGAUUGUCGCAGAGCAUAUCAGGUCAAUGUUUAACAGGAAAUGACAAUCCACCAACAGCGAAUCCCAAUGCGGAUAAACUUAUGAUCCGCAGCAAGUUCAAUUUCACCCUAAAAGUCGUUAAACAAUCAGCACGUCUAGAAUCCAAGGACAAUAUUUUCAUCAGCCCUCACAGUCUCUACGAAGCCCUAACCCUCGCCUUUUUCGGAGCUCGAGGCACCACUGAAGAGGGUUUGAGACAGGCUCUCUGGAUCCCCGACUCUUUGUCCAAAGUCGACAUCCAGCGGUCUUAUGCCCUAGAAAAGUCCCUCAAGGAGUUCGCUGCUCUAACGGGAAAUGUGUCUACCAACUACGAAUUCAAAACAGCAAACCGUCUAUGGAUCAGCGACACAAAAAAAAUCCGCGAGUGUAUGACCACUCUCUUCUCAGAAGAGCUACAGAAGGUUGAUUUUCGGUCGAAUCCUGGAAAAGUUCGCGACCGCAUUAACAAUUGGGUUAGUAAUGUCACCAAAGGCCACAUCCAGGAUCUUCUUGCUCCGGAUGCAAUCGACGAGUCCACAGAUCUUGUUUUGACGAAUGCCGUUUACUUCAAAGGACUUUGGGGCCGUCGUUUUGACGCUGCUAACAAUAAAAGAGACAUUUUCUACGGGUCCAAGAAUUCAAUCGUUACUUACAUGCGUCAAAAGUCGACUUUUAAUUACAUGGUAUCCGAAGAAUUAGGCGCUCAUGUUAUUGAAUUACCGUACAAAGGAGAUGAAAUAUCAAUGUACAUUUUCUUACCUCCCUUUGUCACGACGAAGGCCCGUCGUGGGUUCAGACAAGUGCCUGCAGCAGGAGUGACCGUCGGAGUUAACAGAGACGGAAUUCAACAGCUGAUUGAAAGAAUGACUAGCACUGAGCGCGGUGUUGAGGAGCUGUACGAUAUUCUGGACCGUGGAAUGCUGGAACGCGAAGUUGACCUGUCAUUGCCGCGGUUCACUGUCGAAAAAGAAUUACCUAUCUCAUCGUUAUUUGGUGCUUUGGGCGCUGGAGAACUUCUUGAGCCUGGCAAGGCUGAUCUUCGGGGCUUCCUGGAGAACUCCAGUGACAAUUUGCAUCUUGGCGACGCGGUUCAUCGUGCCAAAAUUGAAGUUAAUGAAGAGGGAACCACUGCUGCAGGUGCGACUGCCAUCUUCACCUUCCGCUCCAGCAGGCCAACAGAACCUGCUGUUUUUAAUGCAAAUCAUCCAUUUGUUUACCUCAUCUACGAGAAGCCUAGUCAGUCUAUCAUCUUCGCUGGUGUGUUCCGCACACCUACGUCGUCUGCUGAAACAAAUUAAAUUAAUUAGUUGAUAAUACUUUACUGACUUUUAGGGUUUAAAUUAAAAGUACUAUUACUUUACAGUUGGCAUCUUGCAAAUAUUCUUAGAUCGCGCUCUCUACUUUUGAUAAUACAAGGAUUCUGAAAUAAAAUGUCAGAACCGUCAUACAUCUUUAUUAAUAACUUAAAAAGGAUUAAAAAAUUAAUUAAAAAAAAAUGUAUUAAGGUACCCUAGCCAGAAUGUAAAUUUUAGAAUAAUUUACUUGCAGCAAUUAUUUAUUAUAAUUUAAAUAAAAAUAAAUAAAGAAAUUUUGAAGUGAAGAUGAUGAUUCAAAAUGGCAGAAUCAUAACCAAAAAUUUAACGAUUGCAUUUAAGAGGAGAAGUCGGUCAUUUUUUUUAAAUAUUUUUAAAGGUGAUAAAAUAAUUUUGUUUUUAAACUUUAAAACAAUUUUAUUGAACCUUU